GUGUCUAGAGAUAGUAGAAAUGUUUUGUUUUGUUGUAUUUCCAGUGCCGACUUUUGUUCUAGUGUCCUGGUCCUGAUACAAAGUUCAGUUGUACUUUUAGUAAAGGAUCUUUCUUUUCCAGAACGUCGCAGAAAAUCGCUCCAAGCACUCACGCACGCACAGACGUAAUGAAAGCCUAGUCGCUGUAUGAGACAAGUCGCCCCCUCUGUUGUGUCUACGUGAGCCAGAUCUUACACGUCUUCUAGGAUGGUUACUUUGUUCUUGUGCCUGUCCGUGUUACUGACAUUAUCAGCAGCGGUUCCCACGUGGUACCUGGAGGCCCGGCAAACUUUUAUUGAUGCAGAGGCGUCCAUGAGGAUCGGGGCACAGCUGACUCUCAACCCCAAAGAGCAGUUGGUAAACAAAUAUAUGAUGUCAUUGAAAAACUCCAGCAUUCAAGAGAGUAUUUGGACGACGAAGCCAUUCUCUCCCUCCAUAAGUUUCUUCGAGAGUAAGGCUUGGAUUGAUAAUUCUACUCUCUAUGGCGUCAUUAAAAUGAUGCCUAAAGGAGGCAUCCUUCAUCUACAUGACAAAGCGAUGACGUCAUUAAACUGGACGGUCAAAACGCUGACUUACUUACCAGGGCUCUACACCAAGCUGGACACUGACCAAUACAGUACCCGACUUUACAAGUUUGCUAACUCCUCUCCAGGAGCAGACUGGACGCUUAUAUCAGAUCUAAGAAACGCCUCACAAGACCCGGACAAUUUUGAUGAGAUGCUCGCUGUGAACAUGUCGAUCUGGACGCCAGAACCGUUUAAAACGUACCCAUCGGUGAAUGAUGUAUGGGGCAAGUUCAGAUCCUACUUUAGAACCAUCAACGGUCUCAUUAACAACAUCACAAAUGUCAAGGCUUAUGUUGAGGAAGCCAUCCAAGAGUUUUAUGACGACAAUGUACAGUACAUGGAGCUUCGAGGCGGCACCAUGAUAGACAAUAACGGAAAUGACGUCACGGAGCAAUACCUGGAGAUCAUUCAAAAUGCCGCUUAUAAUUUCCAGAGCGCUCAUCCUGAUUUUUACGGGGUGAAAGUCAUAAUACCUGGUUCCAGGGAGGACAGUGAGGAGGGUCAAGCUAAAAUGGUCAACAAGACAUUGUCUUUGAUGAGUAAGUUUCCUGAUCUCGUGAAAGGCUUUGAUCUAGUCGACCAAGAGGACAUCAACCAUUUGACUCUGUACUACAUUGAUGAAUUUCUCAAAAACGACCAAUCUAUCCUCCCGUACUUUUUCCAUGCAGGCGAGACAGACUGGACACAAGGUGUUGAUAUGAACUUGGUGGACUCUGUCCUUCUCAACGCCAGUCGUAUAGGGCAUGGUUUCGCUGUCUACCAUCAUCCUAAAGUCUUGGAGGCUGUGAAAGCCAAAGGAAUAGCAGUCGAAUUGAAUCCUAUAUCCAAUCAGGUUUUAGGUCUGGUCUCUGAUCUACGCAACCACCCUGGUGCAUUCCUGUUUGCUAACGGAGCACCUGUUGUAGUGUCGUCUGAUGACCCGGCUGCCUGGUUUGCAAGUCCUCUGUCACAUGACUUUUAUAUGGCGUUCAUGGGGCUAGGCUCCAUCAAUGACGACCUGCGCGUGUUGAAACAGCUGGCCAUGAAUUCUUUUAAAUACAGUACGAUGACUUCUGAUGAGAAGAACGAAGCUUUACAGAAUUGGCAAAUAUUGUGGGACACAUUUAUUGAUGAUGUCAUAAAGAAGUAUCACCUUUAAUUCCAAAUGCUUGUAAAUCUCUUGUAUUUGAUAUAAAAAUUCGAUUCGACAUUACAAUAAUACAAUGUAGAACAUG